AUGGAUGCCAAUAGCCCCCUGAUGUACACAACUUCAUCACCCCCGCGGCCAUCACCAACGUCCGAUGUGAAUUCUCGAGGUCCUUUCACCGGUCCUCGACUGCUGGAAUCAUGUGGUUCCAUGUGGGUAGUACGUCGGACUGCUAAACCUACCGCGAACCAGAAAAAGCAUGAUGAAGGCAACAACAGUUCAGCGGUAGCCAGCGAAAUGUCCCGAGUGCCCAACGGAUUUACAGAUGUAUUCAUGUUGCAUGGGUCCAGUGAGCCGAUAUCGUGUGGUAUUGAUGUGAUCACGGGGCACUUGAUUCUGUCCUAUAUGGAAGCCUAUUUGCGAGAGGAUAGCCGCAUGAAUGCAGACUGGGAGGCAGUGAACGCUUACGAGGCCGAGGAGGCCACACCGUGCGUGGAUGCACAACGGCCAGAGAACCUGAUGAAGAACCGCUUGAUCGCUCCAUUACCAUACGAACAGUCGCGUGUCCGCUUGCGAUUCGGUGACAAUGACUACAUCAACGCUAGUCUGAUUUACGAUCACACUCCAAGAAACCCGGUCUAUAUUGCCACCCCGACACCGCUAGCGGACACCGUCACUCACUUCUGGCAGAUGGUGUGGGAACAGAGCUGUGUGAUAAUUGUCUGUCUGGAACGUCCGGCUGAUCUGAAACAAUAUAACGAGCAGCUGGCCGACCCCGAGCUGACCGACGCGUGUAUCCAGUACUGGCCGAAUGAAGGAACUCGAGCUUACGGAAAUUUUGAGGUUCAUCUGGUUUCCGAACACAGCUCGUGUGACAAAUAUGUGGUUCGUUCGCUGUAUUUGAAGAACUUACAGACCUCAGAAACACGGACCGUCACCCAGUUUCACUAUCUGACAUGGAACAACGAGAAACUGAAGAGCGAAACGAAAGCACUUUUGGAUUUCCGUCGGUACGCCCACGGUAUAGAUGAAUAA